UGCCAUAGGAUGACCGCUGCUGGUCCCCUCUUACUGGCUGUGAUUUCGUCCCUCCUGUGGCUCACGCGGGGCUUCGACCCGGCUCCCAGCGCCUGCUCCGCCCUGGCCUCCGGCGUGCUCUACGGCUCCUUCUCGCUCAAGGACCUCUUCCCCACCAUCUCCUCGGGCUGCUCCUGGACCCUGGAGAACCCCGACCCCACCAAGUACUCGCUGUACCUGCGCUUCAACCGCGAGGAGCAGGUCUGCACCCACUUCUCGCCCAUGGUGCUCCCGCUGGACCACUACCUGGCCAACUACACGUGCGAGCCCCGCGGCCCGGCCGCCAGCCCGCCGCCCGCCCGUCCCCGGGAGCAGCAGCAGCAGCAGCAGCAGCAACAGCAGGAGGAGGAGGAGGAGGAGGAGGAGGACGGCGAGGCCGAGCUGGAGCUGUGCGAGGGCGCCGGGCCCUUCACCUUCCUGCACUUCGACAAGAACUUCGUGCAGCUGUGCCUGGCGGCCGAGCCCGAGGCCGCCCCGCGCCUCCUGGCCCCGCAGGCGCUGGAGUUCCGCGUCGUCGAGGUGCUGCUCAUCAACAACAACAACUCCAGCCAGUUCACCUGCAGCGUGCUGUGCCGCUGGCUGGAGGAGUGCCUGCAGGCGCCCGGCGCCCGCCGCCGCUGCGCCCUCGCCCACGCCGGCUGCAGCUGCCAGGCGGGCGGCGCGCCCGCGCCCCGGCGCAACGGCACGCGGGCCGCCCCGCCGCCCGCCGGCAGCGCCCCGUGCUGCCUCCCCGAGCUGCAUUCUGCGAAUGCGAACGAUUUCUACGGGCCCGAGGGCGACCACGGCGAUGGGGUCGAGGAGAACCAGAAGGUGAAAACGCAGUGGCCCCGCUCGGCCGACGAGCCCGGCGUCUACAUGGCCCAGACAGGGGACCCCGCGGCCGAGGAGUGGUCCCAGUGGAGCGUCUGCUCGCUGACGUGCGGGCAGGGCUCCCAGGUGCGGACGCGCUCGUGCGUCUCCUCUCCCUACGGGACGCUGUGCAGCGGGCUGCUGCGGGAGACGCGGACGUGCAAUAACACGGCCACCUGCCCAGUUCACGGCGCGUGGGAGGAGUGGUCCCCGUGGAGCCUGUGCUCGGUGACCUGCGGGCGAGGGGCCAGGACCCGGACGCGGCGGUGCGUGGCCCCGCAGCACGGAGGGAAAGCCUGCGAGGGCCCCGACGUGCAGGCCAAGCCCUGCAAUAUCGCGAUCUGCCCGGUGGAGGGCCAGUGGCUGGAGUGGGGCGCCUGGAGCCGCUGCUCGGUGACCUGCUCCAACGGGACGCAGCAGCGGACGCGCAAGUGCAGCGUCUCGGCCCACGGCUGGGCCGAGUGCCGGGGGGCUCACGCCGACGCCAGGGAGUGCUCCAACCCCACGUGUCCCACCGACAGCAAGUGGGGCCCCUGGAACCACUGGAGCCUCUGCUCCAAGACCUGCGACACCGGCUGGCAGCGGCGCUUCCGCAUGUGCGAGGGCACCGGCGUGCAGGGCUACCCCUGCGAGGGCACCGGCGAGGAGGUGAAGACCUGCAACGAGAAGAAGUGCCCAGCCUACCACGAGAUGUGCAAGGACGAGUACGUCAUGCUGAUGACCUGGAAGAAAACCGCCGCCGGCGAGAUCAUCUACAACAAGUGUCCGCCCAACGCCACCGGGUCCGCCAGCCGCCGGUGCCUGCUGAACGCGCACGGCGUGGCGUACUGGGGGCUGCCCAGCUUCGCCCGCUGCGUCUCCCACGAGUACCGAUACUUGCAUCUCUCACUGCGGGAGCACCUGGCCAAGGGGCAGCGGGUGCUGGCGGGCGAGGGCAUGUCGCAGGUGGUGCGGAGCCUGCUCGAGCUGGUGGCCCGCAAGACCUACUACAGCGGGGACCUGCUCUUCUCCGUGGAGAUCCUGCGCAACGUCACCGACACCUUCAAGAGGGCCACCUACACCCCGUCCUCCGAGGACGUGCAGCGCUUCUUCCAGGUGGUGAGCUACAUGGUGGACGCGGAGAACCGGGACAAGUGGGAGGACGCGCAGCAGGUCUCGCCCGGCUCCGUGCACCUGAUGAAGGUGGUGGAGGACUUCAUCCACCUGGUGGGUGACGCGCUGAAGGCCUUCCAGAGCUCCCUCAUCGUCACCGACAACCUGGUGAUCAGCAUCCAGCGGGAGCCCGUCUCCGCCGUUUCCAGCGACAUCAACUUCCCCAUGAAGGGGCGCCGGGGCAUGAAGGACUGGGCCCGCAGCUCCGAGGACAAGCUCUUCAUCCCCAAGGAGGUGCUGAGCCUCUCCUCCGCCGGUAAGGCAGGGCUGCGCCGGACCGCCGCGCGGGCGCCCGCGGGGAGAGCUGCGCGCUCGCACCGGCGCGCGCCCGGCCGCCGGCUCAGCGCCGCUCUCCCUGUCCUCUCUGCAGAGAUGGACGAGUCGUCCCACUUCGUCAUCGGGGCCGUCCUGUACCGCACGCUGGGGCUGAUCCUCCCGCCGCCCAGGACGCCCCUGGCCGUCACCUCCAAGGUGCUGACGGUGACGGUGCGCCCGCCGACCAAGCCCGCGGCGCCCCUCGUCCUGGUGGAGCUCUCCCACGUCGUCAACGGCACGUCCCACCCGCAGUGCGUCGCCUGGGACUACGCGAGGACCGAUGCUGGCUUGGGAAACUGGGACGCGGAGAGCUGCCAAACCCUGGAGACCCUCCCGGCGCACACCAAGUGCCAGUGCAGCCAGCUCUCCACCUUCGCCGUCCUCGCCCAGCUGCCCAGAGACCUGGCCAUGGACCCCUCGGGCGCCCCGUCGGUGCCGCUGAUGAUCGGCUGCGCUGUCUCCUGCCUGGCCCUGCUGACCCUGCUGGUGAUCUACGCUGCCUUCUGGAGGUUCAUCAAGUCGGAGCGCUCCAUCAUCCUGCUCAACUUCUGCGUCUCCAUCCUGGCCUCCAACGUCCUCAUCCUCGUGGGCCAGUCCCAGAUGCUCAGCAAGGGCGUGUGCACCAUGACGGCCGCUUUCCUGCACUUCUUCUUCCUCUCGUCCUUCUGCUGGGUGCUCACGGAGGCCUGGCAGUCCUACCUGGCGGUGAUCGGCCGGCUCCGGACGCGCCUCGUCAGGAAGCGCUUCCUCUGCUUGGGCUGGGGUCUGCCGGCCCUCGUGGUCGCCGUCUCCGUCGGCUUCACGCGGACCAAAGGCUACGGGACGGCGAGCUACUGCUGGCUCUCGCUGGAGGGCGGCUUGCUCUACGCCUUCGUGGGACCCGCCGCCGUCAUCGUGUUGGUGAACAUGCUCGUCGGCAUCAUCGUCUUCAACAAGCUCAUGUCCCGCGACGGCAUUUCAGAUAAGUCCAAAAAGCAGCGAGCUGGCUCCAAGCCCCCGCCCUGCGGCAGCCUGCUGCUGAAAUGCACCAAGUGCGGCGUGGUGUCCAGCGCCGCCGUGACCGCCGCCGCCGCCAGCAACGCCACGGCAUCGCUGUGGAGCUCCUGCGUGGUCCUGCCCCUGCUGGCGCUGACCUGGAUGUCGGCCGUGCUCGCCAUGACCGACCGGCGCUCCAUCCUCUUCCAGGUCCUCUUCGCCGUCUUCAACUCCGUCCAGGGCUUCGUCAUCAUCACCGUGCACGGCUUCCUGCGCCGAGAGGUCCAGGACGUGGUGAAGUGCCAGGUGGGGGUGUGCAGGAGCGAGGAGAACGAAAACUCGCCCGACUCCUGCAAGAAUGGGCAGGUGCAGAUCCUGACAGAUUUUGAAAAGGACGUUGACCUGGCGUGUCAGACAGUGCUCUUCAAGGAGGUGAACACCUGCAACCCCGCCACCAUCACGGGCACCUUGUCCCGCAUCUCCCUGGAUGGGGACGAAGAUCCCAAGCUCAACACCAGCUCCGAGGGCGGCCUGGGCUUCUCCAGCCUGCCCGGGAACAUCCCGCCCGCCAGCAUCCUGGUCCAGGUGCCCAAGAUGACGCCCAACGUGGUGGCGGGCUUGAACGAGCUCGGCGAGCCGCCGGCCCAGAGCGUCGGCCUGGAGGCGCAGGGCCCCGUGUACCUGUGCACGGACAGCAGCCUGCGGCCCGUGGAGUACGGCUGGCUGCGGGCCCAGGAGCCGCCGCUGGAGAGCGACUACAUGGUGCUGCCGCGGCGCACCGCCAGCCUCAAGCCCUUCCCGCGGGAGGAAGGCAAGCUCAGCGCCGGCGCCGAGGACGGGCCGGGCGGCGGGAAGGGGCGCCCCGGCGCCGAGGGGGACGCCUACCCCAGCUUCGUCUCGGUGGACCACAUCAACGUGAACUUGAACCAGCCCUACGGGACGCUGAAGCAUCCCUACGGCCUCCAGUUCAAGCAGCAUCCCACCGUGCGGCAGAUCCUGGCCUCGGAGCUCUCGGAGCGCAGCCGCACCAUGCCGCGCACCGUGCCCGGCUCGGCGAUGAAAGCGGGGUCCCUGGAGAGGAAGAGGUUGCGAUACUCUGAUCUGGAUUUUGAGAAGGUGAUGCACACGCGGAAGCGCCACUCCGAGCUCUACCACGAGCUGAACCAGAAGUUUCACACGCUGGACCGGUACCGGGCGCCGGCCACCGGCACCUCCAAGCGAGAGAAGCGGUGGAGCGUCUCCUCGGGCGGCGGGGAGAAGAGCACGGCCACCGACGCGGCCGGCCCCGAGGAGCUGCGGCCGCCGCCGGCAGCGCCGCCGCCGCCGAAGCCCUGGAGCACGUUCAAGGCGAUGACGCUGGGCUCGCUGCCCAGCGCCCAGCGGGACCGGCUGGAGCUGCGCCGCGCCGACUGGGAGAGCCCCGGCGCGAGCCUCGACGCGGCCGACGGGGACUUCCAGACGGAGGUGUGAGCCGCCGGGGCGCCGUGCCCGCCGGCAGCACGAGCCCGGCCGCCGCGGUUCGCGCCGUGCCCUCCCCGGCGGCUCGCGGGGGAAGGGACCGCGCUGCCCGCCGGCCGCCCUGCUCCGCGGGGCCGGGGGGCCCCCCGCACCUCCCUGCACCCCCCACGCUCGCGCACGCGUGCACGGGGCAGGACCGGCCGCCGAGGGAGCUGGAGCGUCGUUCUUUUCUACCGGGAUGUUUCUUCACGCAGUGCACCGUGUGCACGCGC